AACUUUCGUGAAAAAGUUGAUCGAGAGAAGGGUGUGUCCUAGAAGAUUCAAGUUGUAAUCCCAAUUAAAACAACAAUCCAAUUUGGAAUUGUUGUUUUUUUCUCAUCAAUACCUCUCGAUACUCGAUGAUUCUUUUCUUAUGGUACAAAAAUAUAAAACUGAAGAGAUUGGAUUGAUAGACUGUGUGUAUAGUAAGUAAAAGGGGGGGUACUCAACCUUUUUUUUCGCUGGCCGCACAUUAGCGCCAGUUGAAAAUUGAUGAUUAAGAAGAAAAAAAACAAAGAGUCUUCAGGUGUGAAAACAAUAAACGUAUUUAAACAUUAAUGCGAUCUUUGGUUUCGUUUAUAAGAAGAACAAUUGGACCCUCUCCUAAUCACAGAGUCACAGGUCGUAGGGUGAGAUUGAAGGUAACCGUUAGUCAAUUCUUGCUAUUUAAAAAAGAAGAAAAAAAAUCAAAAAUUCAUGACCGGACAUGCCGGGUCAUACUUGAAACUUUCCCAAACCAUAGAUGCAACUCAUUGUUAGAAACACAUUAGGUGAUACACUUAAGAUUAUUUUAUUAUAUUUUAACCCUUUAAAUGCGGAGCUCGCAUAACGAUUGCAAUCACCAAGGACGAGGAAUGAUUUUUCUGUUAAUAUUGAACUAAUUGUUUUGAUUAAAUAAAAGAAAGAAAAAGAAGAAAAAGAAUUUCAAGGCAAGGGAAGAUCGAAAAAAUUGAUAAGCAUAUAUAUACGCCCUUACUCAACGCGGAUUGCUUUCGUUGGGGACGCAUAUAUGCGUACAUAACAUUCAAAUGAUUUAAAACAUCAAUAUUCGUUACCAAUUGUUUUCAAUAAGAGGAGAAGAGUAGGAGGUCAGUCCAUUGAUUGGCCAUCAAUCAAAUUUGUGCCGUUAAAAGAAGAAAUAAAAAAAAAUGGUUAAUUCAAUGAUUGUGCGCAUUUCGUAGCGGAAGUUUGAUGGUUAUAUUACGUUUGUAUAAUAUUUGAAUGUCAUUUUUAACGGUUAGAAAUUCCCGCUUUAUUUAAAAUAAGUGGUCAAUAGAGGAAUCUUCUUUAUCCGUCGUGGUGGUGGUCUCUUCUCUCGCAUAUUAGUUUUGGCUUAAGUCGAUGUCGCUUAUGGUUCUUUUUAAGUAAAGCUUUGCCUUUGCCUUUGGCUUUGGCGUCGGCGUCGUGUCCACGACGUUGGCGUAAGCGUCGUGACACGUGGCGCCGUCGAGGGGCGACGCCUCAAAGUCUCUUCGACGGCCGUCGAACCGUAAUCUCAUCGACGAGAGUUGUGGAACCUCGACCUAGGACGUCGUCGUGUUAGACGUACAGUUAAAAGGAACGAGAAAAAGAAAGAAAGAAAGAAAGAAAGAGAAAGAGAGAGAAAUAAAGAACCUCCAAAAAAAAAAAAAGACAAAAUAGAACGGAUAGAGAAAGAGAGAGAAAGAGAGAAAGUGGUGGUUCCAGUUUAGAGUGUAUGCUGAUUGAAUCCUGACGAUGGAAGAAACUAAUCGUAAGUCGUAAAACAUAAAAAUCGGUCUAAAUCAAUUACAAAAAAAAAGAGGGAAACCAAAAGGAGAAUAUGCAGGAGGAAAGGGAUAAAGGCAAGGAACGUUAGGCGAGUGUGUCGAUCAUCUCAAGUGUGCGCAGUUAAAAAUGCGCCUCUCAGUUAGCAUUCGCGGUGGUAAGAAGAAGACGACGACCACGACGACAACGACGACGACGACGACGAGGAGUUGUUGGGAAGAAGAAAAAAAAGGAAAGGAAGAAGAGAAGAAAGUGGUCAGUGGUAAUACUACCUAGCGCGGUAAAGGGCGGGUUACGUCCUUUGAGAGAUUCAUGCCUCGCGGAAGCUGCGAUGAUACGGAGGGACGAAGAAGAGGAGGGUCCAAAACGGGAGAAGAAGAAGAAUGUAAAAGGCGAGCCGGACAUCGUCGUCUCCUCGGCACCUCCUACGUGCCACGAAGACGAAGAGGUAAAAGAGUGUGACGAGACCGAUGUUACGGAAGGAAAAAGAACAACAACGACGACGACGACGACGGCGACGGCAACAACAACAGGGACGACGACGACGACGACGACGACGAAAAUUGCGGCAACAACGGCAUCAACGGUAACUGUAACUGCUACAACAAAAACGGUGACAGUAACUGCAGCAACGACAACAGCGGCGGCAGCGACUACGGUAAAAUUGAAGGUAACAGCAACAACAACAACAACAACGACGACUACGAGCUCGACAACAACGGCACCGGUAACAACGGCAAAAGAAGGUAUCAUGUGUGCCGUGGACACUAAUAUUCAAGAUGGAAACGAAAGUAGAAAGAAAAAACGUAAAAGACGAAAAAUGCGGAACAAGACGCAAAUUCAAUUGCAAGAACAACAGCAAGACUUAGCGAUUCAUGCAGUAUUGAAUCUUCCAUCCUCAUCUGAAGAAGCUGUCCUCGAGGCAGCCGACGAAUGUUCGAAAAGAGAUUCAUCGAGUAGCCUUGGCGGUACCAGUAGGCACAAUACCACCCUCAGGGAAUCCUUGCUUACUGUAUUAGGCAAACUGGUUAUAUGGAAGGGCAGCAGGUAUCGUUCCGCAACUGCAGCUUCGUCCUCUUCCAGUGUGCCUCCGAAUUCGCCACCUGCCACUGAAUGUAUCGGUCGUAGUACAUCUUUUUUUUCUAGCGAAACAGAGAGGCGUAUACGCGCCAAUAAUCGCGAGUACAACUCACAGUUUAAUUAUGCGAACAACUACAUAAAAACGUCCAAGUAUUCGGUUCUGACGUUCCUACCAUUGAAUUUGUUCGAGCAAUUUCAGCGGUUAGCCAACUUUUACUUCCUAUGCCUGCUGGUGCUUCAAAUGAUACCCGCCAUAUCCUCUUUGACUCCCAUUACAACAGCUAUACCACUCAUAGGGGUACUUAUGCUCACUGCCGUUAAGGAUGCCUAUGACGACUUUCAACGGCAUAGCAGCGAUUCGCAAGUUAAUAAUAGAAAGUCACAAACAUUGCGUGGUACUAGCCUACGUGAAGAGAAAUGGUCUCAGGUUCAAGUGGGGGAUGUUAUAAGAAUGGAGAACGAUCAUUUUGUUGCGGCAGAUGUUCUUCUUCUGUCGACGAGCGAACCCAAUGGUCUCUGUUACAUCGAAACGGCAGAAUUGGAUGGUGAGACGAAUUUAAAAUGCCGGCAAUGUUUGACUGAGACUGCCGAAAUGAUGGACAACCACGAAUUGAUUGGUCAAUUCGACGGUGAAAUCGUUUGCGAAACGCCUAACAAUUUGUUGAAUAAAUUUGAUGGCACGUUAACAUGGAGAGGACGGAAAUAUGCGUUGGAUAAUGACAAAAUCAUAUUACGAGGUUGUGUAUUGAGAAAUACACAGUGGUGCUACGGCGUGGUCAUCUUUGCAGGCAAGGAUACCAAAUUAAUGCAAAACUCAGGGAAGACCAAAUUUAAGAGGACCUCUAUAGAUAGGCUGCUGAAUCUUCUGAUUAUUGGAAUAGUGUUUUUCUUGCUUUCUAUGUGUUUGUUUUGCAUGAUCGGUUGUGGUAUUUGGGAGAGCCUAGUGGGUAGAUAUUUUCAAGUGUAUUUACCCUGGGACUCGUUGGUGCCUACCGAACCUUUAGGAGGUGCCACCGUGAUCGCUCUCCUUGUAUUCUUUUCAUAUGCUAUUGUAUUGAACACAGUGGUGCCAAUCAGUUUAUAUGUGAGUGUCGAAGUUAUCAGAUUCGUCCAAUCGUUUCUGAUCAAUUGGGACGAAGAAAUGUACUACGCGCCUACGAAUACACAUGCCAAGGCUAGGACUACUACAUUAAACGAAGAAUUAGGUCAGAUAGAAUACAUCUUUUCUGACAAAACUGGAACAUUAACGCAAAAUAUAAUGACCUUUAAUAAGUGUUCUGUGGCCGGUAAAUGUUACGGUGACUCUGUCAAUGAAGUUACUGGAGAAAUCAUCGAUUUAAGCGAGACAAUGCCACCCCUGGAUUUUUCAUUUAACAAAGACUACGAGCCUGAAUUUAAAUUCUAUGAUCCUGCGCUUUUGGAAGCUGUCAAGCAAGGCAAUCAAGAUGUUCACAGUUUCUUUCGCUUAUUAGCAUUAUGUCACACCGUUAUGCCAGAAGAGAAGCACGGAAAACUGGAGUAUCAAGCACAGUCGCCGGACGAAGCAGCACUUGUAUCUGCAGCAAGAAAUUUUGGUUUUGUUUUUAAAGAAAGAUCACCAAAUAGCAUAACGAUUGAAGUAAUGGGAAAGCGUGAAAUAUAUGAACUACUAUGUAUUCUAGACUUUAAUAACGUUAGAAAAAGAAUGUCUGUAAUAUUGAGAAAGGAUGGACACCUUAGGCUGUAUUGUAAAGGAGCAGACAAUGUCAUUUACGAACGUUUGAAGAAAGAUAGUGAUGAAAUUAUGUCUAAGACUUUGGAUCACCUCAAUAAAUUUGCAGGUGAAGGUUUGAGAACAUUGUGCCUUUCAGUGAGAGAUUUAGAUGAAAGCUUCUUUAAUAAUUGGAAACAACGUCAUCAAGAAGCCGCUUUGAGUCAUGAAAAUAGAGACGACAAGUUGGACGCUAUAUACGAAGAAAUAGAAAAAGAUAUGACGUUACUAGGUGCUACUGCCAUUGAGGAUAAAUUACAAGAUGGUGUACCCCAAACCAUCGCGAAUUUAGGACUCGCUGGCAUAAAAGUGUGGGUAUUAACAGGUGAUAAACAAGAAACGGCCAUCAACAUUGGUUACUCGUGUCAGCUGCUAACAGAUGAUCUGACCGAUGUCUUCGUAGUAGAUGCUACUACUUAUGAUGGGGUUGAAACUCAAUUGACACGAUAUUUGGAAACUAUCAAGACAGCCUCCAGCCAUCAGAAUCGGCCAACUCUCUCCAUUGUCACAUUCAGGUGGGACAAGGAAAGCAGUGAUACGGAAUAUAAUCCGAGUAGAGACGAGCAGGAUGAACAUGAAAUGGAGCAAGCUAUGGGUUUUGCAGUGGUUAUCAAUGGACAUUCCUUAGUGCACGCAUUGCAUCCACAGCUUGAUCAACUUUUUCUCGAAGUAUCAAGCCAAUGUAAAUCUGUGAUAUGUUGUCGUGUAACACCCUUACAAAAAGCAAUGGUCGUUGAAUUAAUUAAGAAGAAUAAAAAUGCUGUCACUUUGGCGAUUGGAGAUGGAGCUAAUGAUGUUUCUAUGAUAAAGACAGCUCAUAUUGGCGUUGGUAUCAGUGGACAGGAAGGAUUACAAGCUGUACUAGCCUCCGAUUAUUCGAUAGGGCAAUUUAGGUUUUUAGAAAGAUUGUUACUUGUCCAUGGCAGGUGGUCAUAUUAUAGAAUGAGCAAGUUCCUUAGGUACUUCUUUUAUAAAAAUUUUGCAUUCACUCUCUGCCACAUCUGGUUCGCCUUUUUCUGUGGAUUCAGCGCACAGACAGUGUUUGAUCCAAUGUACAUUUCUGUCUAUAAUCUAUUUUAUACGUCACUACCAGUCUUGGCGGUUGGCAUAUUUGAUCAAGAUGUUAAUGAUAAAAAUAGCCUAAUGUAUCCAAAGCUAUAUGCACCUGGACUUCAAAAUCUUCUCUUUAACAAAAAAGAAUUUUGUUGGAGCGCUCUACAUGGUUUUUUUGCUAGUUGCGUGUUAUUUUUAGUACCCUAUGGAACAUACAAGGAUGGAGUAUCACCAAAGGGCUAUGUACUUUCAGACCAUAUGCUGCUGGGCAGUGUUGUAGCUACAAUAUUAGUUAUAGUUGUAACAGUUCAAAUUGCUCUUGACACAUCAUAUUGGACAAUUGUUAAUCAUAUUAUGGUGUGGGGCUCGUUGAUAUGGUAUUUUAUUUUAGAUUACUUUUAUAACUUCGUCAUAGGAGGUAGUUACGCUGGCAGUCUUACAAUGGCUAUGUCAGAAGCAACAUUUUGGUUCACGACAGUUAUAACAUGUAUAAUCCUAGUGAUACCAGUUCUUUCAUGGAGGUUCUUCUUUAUGGAUGUUAAGCCAACACUCUCCGAUAGAGUAAGAUUGAAACAAAGAUUAGCGCAACUGCGUUCUCGACAGAGUCAGGACAUUUUACGUACUCCAUCAACGAGACGCACGCGACGAUCUUUGCGUUCGGGUUACGCAUUUGCACAUCAAGAAGGUUUCGGACGACUUAUUACAUCUGGAAAAAUCAUGCGCAAAUUACCAAAUGGUGCAGAUUUUAAGUUCGCUAUGCCAUUUACUAAUAAUGUUACUAAACAAGUUAAUGUUGCUACUACGUCGCCAAAGGAGAAUGCAUCUCGGAAUUCGCACACAUUGGAUGCUAUUACUCUGUGAAUCUUUACGUUAAUCACAGUGUUGCACA